AUGGAGGGCCCAGUAGUAAGAGAACCAUGGGCCGAGCCAGCUUCACAGGAUGAUUAUCAAGAGGUAAAACACUUGGGCCAAGGCGCGUACGGCACCGUCUUCCAAGUACAACACAGGAGAACAGGGCAAAUGUUUGCCCUCAAGAAAGCGGUGAUCCGGAUCUCGGAAGAGGGCGUGCCGCAGAAUCUCCUUCGCGAAAUCGCCACCCUGGUCAAGCUGAAGCGCUUCCGGCACCGGAAUUUGUUGCAGCUCAUCGAUGUCUUCGCGAGUCAAUCGGCCGCAGCCGAGGGCGACUUCCUGCAAAUCGGGAUGGUGCUGGAGAAGUGCGAGUGGGACCUGUACGACUUCAUGCGCAUGAUCCCCAAGGAUAUGCCAGACACGCAGAUUCGCACCAUUUCACGGCAGAUUCUAAGCGGCAUCGCCUUCCUCCACGGCCACAACAUCAUCCACCGGGACCUGAAGCCGCAGAAUAUCCUGCUCAACCGUGACCUCUCCGUGAAGGUGUGCGAUUUCGGGCUUGCCCGGUUGGCGUCGGCGCUGGCUCAGUUUACUACAGUGGUGGUAACACUCUGGUACCGGAGCCCCGAACUGCUCCUCCAAGGCUCCUACGGUUCCCCCGUCGACAUGUGGGCGUUCGGGCUGAUCCUGUGCGAAAUGUACAACCGGAAGGCGCUGUUCAUGGGCGACACCGAGGUGCAGCAGUUGCGGAAGAUUAUCAAAGACUAUGGCAAGCCGAACAUUGCCGACUGGCCAGAGGACGCGAUCAUCCCCUACUCGUUCUACCCAGAAACUGUCGGAAGGCCGCUGAACGAGCUGAACCCGUUGCUACCAGCCGGUGCUCGUCAAUUGGUCGAAAGAUGUUUACGUUGGAACGUCAUUCAACGCUGCACGGCCGCUGAAGCGCUCAACGACCCGUACUUCUCGGGCCCCUACUCGCAAGGAUACGAAAAUCUCUUCGACGAACUACCCCCAUACGCUCAGCAA